AUGCCGCGUGUCCUAGCUACGCAGUCGCACGUAGUGCAUGGUUAUGUCGGCAACAAAGCGGCCACGUUCCCUCUUCAAUACCUCGGCUGGGACGUUGACUGUGUUAACUCCGUGCAGUUCUCUAACCACACGGGGUACGGGAUAGACAAGGUGUUUGGUUCCGUUACCAGUUCCAGUGAACUGGAGUGUCUCUUCAACGGAGUUUUGAGCCUGGCAUCAACCGGUUCCCAGUAUGACGGUAUACUUUCCGGUUACCUACCGAAUAGCCAUUCUGUACGCACAAUGGGCUAUUAUUACCAGCAGCUCAAAAGGCAGAAUAGUCGGCUGCUGUGGCUGAUGGACCCGGUGAUGGGCGAUGAAGACCAGCUCUACGUGGACAAGGACGUGGUGCCCGCAUACAGAGAGCUUGUAGAAUCUGGCAGCGUCGACAUACUCACGCCGAAUCAAUUUGAAAUGGAGUUGCUACACGGCAGGAAAAUCGCAAGCCUCCAGGAACUGGAAGGUGCAAUCAAGAGCAUACAUCGCCACGUCCCAAUUAUUGUGGUCACGUCGCUGUCCCCAUCGGUGUUCGCGGAUCCCGACCAUGUAUAUUGCGUUGCGUCAGUCCGCGGCUCUGCAUGCAACUUCUACAGGGUCCCUCUCAUCGACUCCUACUUCACAGGCGUGGGCGACCUCUUCUCCGCGCUGCUGCUGCACAGCGCCUAUGGCUCCCUACUGCAGAAACAGCGCAAUUUUGCCGAGGAUAUUAAUUGGGCUCUAAAUAUCGUCCAGCAGGUAUUGGAGAACACGCGUCAGAUGUCUGCUGUCAAGUCACGGGCAGUCAUCGGACACGCCCCUUCGAUGUUGAAAAUGGAACUCCGCAUUGUGGAAAGCAGAAACUUCUUCCGGUGGCGAGAUUCUUGGUCAGCAGAAGAGCGCGACUUCAAGUGGUUCCCGUGCACGUCCUGA